AGACAGAGUGCCGUGUGGGCUGUGGUGUGUCUGUGUGUGAGUGAGAUUGGUAUUUGGUAUUAUUUGUAUUAUACUUAACAUUUACAUAGUUGAUUUGAUUAUUUUUAUCGUAAUUCUAUUUCAAAUUUAAGAGGAACGCGCUCUUGCAACUUUAUAUCAUGGCUGCUGAAAAGAGGAUAGAUAUCACUCAGCCACUAUGGGAUCAAAGGACUUUUGUGGGUAGAUUCAGGCAUUUUGCCUUUAUUUCUAAUCCAUUACUAUCUUUUGUGCCUGAAAAGGAACUUCUUCAGGCAAAGGAAUUAUAUAAUAAAUAUAAGCAAGGUCAAGAACCACCCGGUACAUCAAUGACCCAAGUUAUCAGAGCUAAACAAUUAUAUGAAUCGGCAUUCCAUCCAGAUAGUGGAGAACUGCAAAAUGUGUUUGGUAGAAUGUCGUUCCAGAUGCCCGGAGGUUGUAUAAUUACUGGUGCUAUGUUGCAGUGGUAUAGAACAGCAACAGCGGUAGUAUUCUGGCAGUGGGUGAACCAGUCUUUCAACGCUCUGGUGAACUACACGAACCGAAACGCCAACUCGCCACUGACGACCACACAGAUGGGUGUUGCUUAUGCGUCUGCAACCUCAGCGGCUAUGGCGACGGCCCUCUCCUUCAAAUUUGUCAUACAGAAGCGUGCCACUAACCCCAUAUUAGCUAGAUUCGUUCCAUUCGUCGCAGUGGCCGCCGCUAACUGGGUUAACAUUCCACUGAUGAGGCAAAAUGAAAUAAUUCUAGGUUUAGAUGUAACGGACGAAAAUGGUAAAGUAAUUGGGAAAUCUCAAGUGGCUCCCGUCAAAGGAAUAUCACAAGUGGUGACAUCUAGGAUAAUAAUGUGCGCGCCAGGGAUGCUACUGCUUCCCUUCAUCAUGGAGCGUUUGGAACCGAAGGCGUGGAUGCAGAGGAUCAAGUGGGCUCACAUCGGUAUCCAAACUGGUAUCGUCGGUAUAUGUUUGACGUUAAUGGUUCCGACUGCGUGUGCCAUAUUCCCACAGAAAUGUAAGCUCUCUGUAGACACAAUCAAACGCUUCGAAAAGGAUAGGUACGAAGAAAUACUAAAGAACACAGACGGAAAGCCACCUGAAUAUGUGUAUUUCAAUAAGGGUUUGUAAAAUUGUCAUUACAUUUAGAAAAAAAAUGAGUAAUCAAGUAUUAGUAUAAGCUAGGUUCACAAUAAAUGGUCAAUUAUCAUUUAAGAACUGCGUAAUAAUUGUUAUAUGUCAAUAGUAGAAUUUAUGUUAUAUUUUUUCGUAUUGCAAAUGCUUAAACCAGUGGUUGGUAACCUUAUAUAUAUAUAUAUAACUAAUAUACCAAAAAAUUUUGUUUUUUUUUCUCUUAAUUUUUUUGCAGCGAUUAUUUAGUUUGUAACUUAUAAAUAAAAUAAAAGGAAUGAAGACAAAAUAA